AUGGGUUUCCCCAUUAAGAACCAGCGGACCAGCAUCAAAGCCGGCACCAGCGCCCCACAGGAGCUGGCCAUAGCCGCCUGGUCCGCGGCGCGCUUGCGGCUGCAGCUGGGAGGACUGAAAGAUGCCAUGCAGGAAGCAGGUGUUGCCGAGUUGGACGCGCGGGACAUCGCCAAAGCAGCCUGGACGCUGGCGCGGCUGCGCUGGGACGAGGAGCCGCUGCUGACGCGGCUGGUGUCAACGGCGGCGCGAGUCAGGGAGGAAUUGGAGCCGCAGGGGCUUGCCAACACGUUGUGA